UACUUUCCCUUUUCAAGAUACGGUAGAAAUCUGAGUCCAAAAGCACGCCCCCAUACGCUUGUGAAUUUUGGAUUGAAAACGAGAUUACCUUCCAGCAAUGGUUCCGUUGCUUCUUCUUCUUGUUUAAGGUUUUCUUCUCUCUCUAUACCUUUGCCCAUUUGAGAUGGGCGACAAGGGUGAAGCAACCAAGAAGCAACAGCAGCAGCAGCAUUCGACUUCUCCUCAAGACCCGCUUGAGGAAUCCACUGAAACUAGGCAGCAGCACCAUCAUCAACAGUCCCCGGUGGUGGUGGUCACCGGUGCUCAGUUCAUCCCUCCUCUCUAUGUUCCCAGUGGUGCAAGCUCUGCGACUUUCGAACAACAACAGCAGCAGUUUGAUGUUUUGAACCCUAAGAGACCCAGAUACGGGAGUGGGCAAUGGAAGCUCCUACCUUCUCCGUCUCACCAUCAGCAGCAACAGAAACAGACCCAGAUGGCUAUACUCAACACCGAAUCUAGCCCAUCUCCCACAACCAACCCACAUACCCAACUUCAUACGACAGCAGCUUCUUCGUCAGACACCGCAUCUUCACCUUCUCACUCUCCUAUCCCUUCUCUCUCUGCAGCCUCCGGACAAGAAACCAACAAGCCAGAGGGAGAACACUUUCAUCAGCAAUUUCGUAAAGGCAAGUACGUGAGCCCAGUUUGGAAACCAAAUGAGAUGCUAUGGUUAGCUAGGGCUUGGAGGAUUCAGUACCAAGGAGGGUCUGAUGGGUCUGGCUCAUCUUCCCGAAGUGAACCGCCGGAGGGUGCCCAGGGCACAGGAGUGGACGUGGCCGUGCUAUCAGUGAGGGGCAAAACUAGGGCUGAUAAGGAUAGAGAAGUUGCAGAGUUUUUGAACAGACAUGGGGUUAGUAGAGAUGCUAAAACAGCUGGGACCAAGUGGGAUAACAUGUUGGGUGAGUUCAGGAAGGUGUAUGAGUGGGAGAGAAGAGGUGAGAGAGAACAAGGCGGGAAGAGUUAUUUCCGGCUGUCGCCAUAUGAGAGGAAGCUCCAUAGAUUGCCAGCUUCGUUUGAUGAAGAGGUUUUCGAAGAGCUCUCUCAGUUCAUGGGAUCUCGUAUGAGAACACCUCAGAGCAGAGGUGCUUCGGCAAUUGUUUCCGUCGAUGACAGUCGCAAAGCUCUGCCUCCACCUCCCCCAUUCAAAGAAGACGACAUCUCUCUCUCCGCAAGGACGAAGCAACUGGUUAUGGGGAGUGGAGGCGAAGCAUUUUACCAUGGUACCAGAGGAAGCCAAUUAGGGUUCGAGUCUUCACUGGACAUUGGGGGUCCCUCAUCGUCUUCGUCGUCGAAGGAGCUUCGUCGAAUUGGGAAGAUCCGAAUGACAUGGGAGGAGUCAGUGAGUUUGUGGGCAGAAGAAGGCGAGCACCACAGAGGGAGAGUGAGGCUUCAAGGGUCGAGCUUCUUGAACGCAGAUGAGCUCACUUUCUUAGACGACUCUACGGUUGCUUGCACCAUUGAGACCUUUGAAGAUGGACCCCUCAAAGGUUUCUCAGUGGAUAGAUUCAUUUCUGGACAACAAGUCAAAGUCUUUGGCAGAAGAAAGUCUUCCUCAGCUUCUGCUUCAUCUGGUUUCACAGAAAGAGUUCAGCUUCCAUUGGCAGAGCCUUCCAUCAGAUCUAUUCCUCCAUGGGAGUUCCAGGACCCAACGGAGUACUACGUGGGGUGUCUCCGAGCCCCACCCACGACACUGCCCAGCUUGUUCGAGCUCUCAUGGCACUUGCAAGAGCCACCGCCCGAGGAUCUAAGGUUUCCUCUUCGGAGAGACGUCUACCGCGACUUGCCGCAAGGGAAAGAAGUAUUCUUUACUACUUCUACUGAACUAUUAGAUUGUAGAGCUUUCACAUUUGAUAUCUUAAGCUCAAUCAUUCGAUCAAACCCUAGCAUCAGUGCAGCCACUGCUACCAGUAGAGACUCUUUCGUUGGUCUUUGGGAUGAUUGCAUUAAUAGGGUUGUAUCUAAAUUCUGUUCUAUUGAGAUGAUUGUCAUUCGGAAACCCUCUUCUUCAUCAGCUGAAGCAUUGCAAGAUCAAUGGCCCAACGUAACGGGGUUCGUGAGAAAUUUUUGUUUGUGGAGGGGAGAGGAGACUGAUCAAUUAAGGGAUGGUCACAUUGAUCCCUCUUCUUCAAUAGUUGAGAAGCUUUUAUGGACAUACAUGGAUCUUCCUUACCUACUUGGCUACUACGCUGUUGGCUACAUGGUAACAUUUUGCGCCUUGAGCCGAUCACAGGACCGAGUCAUUCGAACUGAUUUAUAUUCACUAGACUUGUCUACACCAUCCGAGAGAAUAAAAGGCCUAAUCCCAUGUUGGAGAAUUGCAGGCUUGUUGCCAUUGCUAGCUGACAGAUGCUUCAACAACAUUAACAACGGCAGCAAUUACAAGUCGUUUCCUUAUAGUGACUUUGAGAGGAUUGAUUCCUGCAAUGGAAACAUCAUCGAAGUGACACCAAACACUGUAGCUAAAUACUUCUCAAGUAGGAGAAAGUGGGGUGCAGUGAAAGAAAUCUAUGAUUUUCUUGACCACCGAAUCCCACACGCUGAGUUCAUCCUCCGAUCAUCGGAGAAAGAUCUGGUACUGAUAUUCAAGCCCAGAGGCUGCAAAUCAAAGCCCACGAACUGUGAUCAGCUAGUAGAAGCUCUCAAGAACGUAACGAAGGCCUUGGUUGCACUACAUGACCUUUCAUUCAUGCACAGAGACCUGAGCUGGGACAAGGUGAUGAGGAGAAGCGACAGAGAUAGCGAGUGGUUUGUAUGUGGGUUUGAUGAGGCGGUGGGAGCACCGCAGAUAUACCCACACGGAGCCGCCACGCCGGCAACUAGUGGGAGGCACGCGCCGGAGAUGGGGAGGGGUCUGCAUGGAGUUAAGGUCGACGUGUGGGGUGUGGGUCAUCUGGUGAAGACAUGUGGAUUGGUGGCAGUCCCCAAGCUCUUGAGAGAACUGCAGAAUAGGUGCUUGGACCAGAACCCGGAGCAGAGGCCGACGGCCGCCGACUGCUACCACCACCUGUUGCAGUUACAGUCAUCUCUGUCAGCCACCGGUGGGUAUUGAAGUGAUUGACAUAAUGGUUCCAUAAAUAGUACCAUCGGUGUGGUGCUACUUCUAUUGAUAGCCCACACAACACAGCUAGCCUUCUCUUUUUUCACUACCCAAAAAAGAAAAAAGAAAAAAGAAAAACCAUUAUUGUUUUGUGGAGAGUUUGGCCCUCUGAGCAACGAGGGACUCAUGGGUACUCUGAGCUUUCCAUGUGGGCCGUUGAGACGUAUGGGGUUUCUGAGGUUUUGGAGGUUGGACAUACUGGCGGCAGCCGCCCAAAUGCCACACACGCAGAGCUUUCCCCCAUCAAAUCAAUAUAUUCAACAUUUGUGUUCAACAGUUUAUUAUUAUUUUUUUUUCUUUUUCAGUUUCAGAUUGGAAUAU